GAUAAAACGUGAGUUUCAUGAGCCAAUCAUAUUUCGGAAAACAAAAUCAGAAUCCUCUCUCUUUCUCAUUCCCCAAUCCCAUCCGCCAAUCCUGCAUUUCAAUAUCAUAAGUUAGUCACUCCAAAUUUCCCACUUUUUCCACCCAACACGAAGCUUUAAUUGACCCGACCCAUCAACUCUCAUUUUCUGCCUAUAAUUUCGUACCCAUUAAACAAAGUCCCCUUACCCUGAAGCCUUUCCAUUUUUUUUUCUGGGGAAAAAUACCCAUUUAAGUUCACGCUCUGCUUCUCUCUUUAAUUUGGGUUUUUGGUUCGUGAACUUUCAGUCUUUUAUCAGAACCAUGGCGGUUUCUUCGACUCUUUUCGGGGCUAAAUGGGAGCGUUUGUUGGUCAAUUCUUUCUCAUCGCCGUCGGCUUCUUUGCGGGCUUAUUCUCUUUCUCAGCAUCAAAUGAAUGUCUUUUCCAAGCCUAAUCGUGGAAGGAAGGGCAUGGGUCAGAGGAUUGGUGGAGUGAGACGUGAAGUUGCUCAAUCCGACGUCAUUAACGAAGGCGGAAAAAUCGAUCCUUCCAAGGCUUCGGCGAUCUCCGCUAUUGAACAGCUCAAGACUUCCGCAGCUGACAGAUAUACAAAGGAAAGGAGCAGCAUUGUGGUCAUAGGGCUUAGCAUUCACACUGCACCUGUGGAGAUGCGUGAGAAACUUGCCAUUCCGGAAGCAGAAUGGCCACGAGCCAUUGGGGAAUUAUGUGGUUUGAAUCAUAUCGAAGAGGCUGCUGUUCUUAGCACCUGCAACAGGAUGGAAAUAUAUGUUGUGGCUCUAUCACAGCAUCGUGGUGUCAAAGAAGUAACUGAAUGGAUGUCAAAGACUAGCGGUAUCCCAGUUUCAGAGAUUUGUGAGCACCGGUUUUUGUUGUACAACAAGGAUGCUACACAGCACCUCUUUGAAGUAUCUGCUGGUCUUGACUCUCUUGUUCUUGGAGAAGGUCAAAUUCUUGCGCAAGUUAAACAAGUUGUCAAAGUUGGGCAAGGUAUUGUUGGCUUCGGAAGGAACGUUAGUGGGCUGUUCAAACAUGCAAUUACUGUUGGGAAACGGGUCAGAACAGAGACUAACAUUGCUGCUGGGGCUGUUUCUGUCAGCUCUGCUGCUGUUGAACUGGCUUUUCUGAAGCUGCCCGAGUCCUCACAUGCUACGGCUCGAAUGUUGGUUAUUGGAGCAGGAAAGAUGGGAAAGCUUGUGAUCAAGCACUUGGUGGCAAAAGGUUGCACCAAAAUGGUUGUUGUUAACAGAAGCGAGGAGAAAGUCGCAGCAAUCCGUGAGGAGAUGAAAGGUGUUGAGAUUAUUUACAGACCCCUUACAGACAUGCUCGCUUGUUCAGCUGAAGCUGAUGUGGUCUUCACUAGUACUGCAUCAGAAACCCCAUUGUUUUUUAAAGAACAUGUCAAGGACCUCCCGACUGUCAGUUCUGAAGUUGGGGGUUUAAGGCUCUUUGUUGAUAUCUCUGUUCCACGAAAUGUGGGAUCAUGUGUCUCAGAGGUUGAAGGCACACGACUGUACAAUGUCGAUGACCUGAAGGAGGUUGUAGCUGCCAAUAAAGAGGACCGACUACGAAAAGCAAUGGAAGCUCAGGCCAUUAUUGCUGAGGAAUCAAAACAGUUUGAAGCAUGGAGGGAUUCACUGGAAACUGUUCCAACCAUCAAGAAGUUGAGAGCCUAUGCAGAGAGAAUUCGAGCUUCAGAGUUAGAGAAAUGCUUAUCGAAGAUGGGUGAAGAUAUCCCGAAGAAGACAAGGAAGGCAGUGGAUGAUCUCAGCCGGGGAAUUGUGAAUAAACUUCUCCAUGGUCCAAUGCAGCACCUGAGAUGUGAUGGUAGUGACAGUCGAACUCUGAGUGAGACCCUCGAGAACAUGCAUGCACUUAACAGAAUGUUCGGCCUGGAGACAGAUAUAUCUCUUUUGGAACAAAAAAUUCGAGCCAAGGUGGAACAAAACCAAAAGUAAGUGUAAAAUAUAGAAUCUCUCACUUCGCAAUCAAUUACACUUCCUCACGGUCGAUUUGAGGUUCUUAUGAGUUGGGGGUAUCUUUCAAUUCAUAAUUUUGUGUAAUUUAGACUCUUGUGCAAUCUCAUUUGGCUUCACACUCUUACAACAUGCUUGUUGGUGCUCUUUCGGCUUUGUCGUGUGCAGUAUGAAGUGAGCUUGAAGCGUCUAUCAUUCAUCUGUAGAAUGUACGAUAUCUAUUUGAACAACAUCAUUGUAAUUAACUCACUACUUAUUUUAAUAUAGAGCUGGAAUUUUCUGUGA